CUAAACUUAGAAAAAAAAACAUGGUUAAUUGCUAAACAAUGAAUAGAAAACAUACAAACACAAAAAGAGGAAGCGAUAAUAAAAACAACAAAACAUCAAAGCAUAAAAACUAAGUGAGAACGAAAAAAAAAUACUACAACUGCAGCAGGAGCUGAAGCUGAAGCAGACAGCAGUAGAAGAAUAAAAACAAGGACAAGGCAAUAACAAGAUAGAGAAGACGAAGAAAAACUUAAAACAUGUUACAACCAACAUCAUGUGGCCCAGGGCCACCGGAUAAAACAUUUGAAUUUAAUAACAAUAAAAAUAAUAAAAACGAAAUGAAGCAAAAACGUAAAAACGAACAGCUAAAACAAGAGCAAGAAGUGGUGGUGGUAGUAAAAAAACUGCAAAAAGAAAAUGAUAAUAAUAAAAAUGGAAGUGGAAAUGAAAACUAUAAAUGUAGAGAGAAAAGAGUAGUGAUUGGCGAGUAUGAUAAUGAUUAUGUUUAUGUUGGCAGCCAUGUUAAUGAUGAUGAGAAUGUUUAUGAAAUAAGAAUGAAAAGCAAUGAGCGACAACAAACACAAACUAUAAAAUUCAACACGAACAAAAACUACAACAACUGCCAUUUAAAAAACAUGAAAUUAUAUUUAAACAAAAUUACAGCAAUAGCAAAUACAACAGCAACAACAACAGCUAAAACAACUAUUGCUACACAAAACCAAAAAUCUACUUUUAGCAGAGCAGCAGAUUUAAAUAAUUGUGCUACUACUACUGCUGCUGCUGUUGCUGCUCAAUCCUCAAUUUUAGCUGCAACAACAAAAUUUGUUACUCCUACUACUAAUAACAGCAACAACAACAACAACACCACCAGCACCAACUCCUCAACAACAAUUUGUUCCAGUACUCGACAUACUCGACGUUCUGAUGCUGAGACUACAGCAACUACAACAACAUUAUCACAACCAAUAACUGUAGCAACAGUAGCUGUAGCAAAUGUUGCCAACAACUUGAAUAAGUUUUAUUGUAACUUUACAACAGCAGCAAAAACAACAACAGCAACUACUAAAACUUCUAUAAAAUGGAUUUUAAUGUUUCUAAUGCUUUUUAACAUUUUGGCACAAACACCGCAUCAAGUGGCAGCUGAAAAGAGCAAACACUGUAAGUAGAACAAGCUUUUAUUCCACUUUUUUUCUUUUUAUAUUUUUGGAAACAAUUUUUAUAUUUUUU